CAGACAGAGACCGCGACUCUACAGAGCCAGACAGAGACCGCGACUCUACAGAGCCAGACAGAGACCGCGACUCUACAGAGCCAGACAGAGACCGCGACUCUACAGAGCCAGGCAGAGACUCUCUUUCUCCCUCUCACUGCGAGGCUGCAGUAGAGCCGUGGACUCGUGGAUUGUGAGCUUGAGACGGUGUUGGUCGUUGGGACGCCCCAGGCGAAAGUCAUCGAAAGCCCCCGUGGACUGAUUUGAUUGAUUUGAUGGUCACGGUCCUCUGGAGGAGUUUGCGGACUCGAGAGGAGGCUGCGUGGAGUGCAGGAAUGUGGGCGAGCUCGGGAGCAAGUGAAGGAGCCGAACGAGUGAAGGAGCCGAGCGAGUGAAGGAGUCGAGCGAGUGAGUGAAGGCGCAGGCGAGCGAGUGGAAGAUCCGAAGCGACUGGGCAGAGCGGAGUGACCGCGCGGGUUGCGCCAACGCGAGUCUCGAGCAGACGGGGAGACGACCUCACGCCACUGGCAGCGUGGAGAGGAGGCGAGCGAGUGGCCGGCUGAGUGACCGACCGACCGACCGACCGACGGACCGGACCCAGCCCACGCCGCCUCGCUUCGUCACCGCCGACGAUGUCCUCCUCCUCCUCUUCGUUCGUGUGCGGCGCGAACCUUCACGCGCUGGCCGAGAGCCUCUUCCUCUACCCGGGCUCCCCGGCUCUCCUCGCGGGCCUCCACGUGCCGCCCGCGCUGCAACGCGGGUGCAGCAGCGGAGCGGCAGCAGCAGCAGCAGCAGCAGCGGCAGGAGGCGCCGGAGGAGUCGGAGGCCUCGGCUUGGGCGGCUCGGCAGCGAAGGAGUCCCCGCAGAAGCCCCCCUACAGCUACAUCGCGCUCAUCGCCAUGGCCAUCGAGAGCUCCCCGGAGCGCCGCGUCACACUCAGCGGCAUCUACCGCUUCAUCAUGGCGCGCUUCCCCUACUACCACGACAACAAGCAGGGCUGGCAGAACUCCAUCCGCCACAACCUCAGCCUCAACGAGUGCUUCGUGAAGGUGGCGCGCGAGAAGGGGCGGCCCGGCAAGGGCAGCUACUGGACGCUGGACCCGCGCUGCGCCGAUAUGUUCGAGCACGGCAACUACAGGAGGCGCAAGCGCAGGGCGAAGGCGGCGGCUGCUGCUGCUGCUGCUGCAGGAGGAGGAAUGGCUCCCUGUGUUGGUCGGGGCCCCUUCGGCAGGGAUGGAGGGGACGGCCCCGGAGACCCGGCUGACGGGAGCUCGGGGGAAGGGGCCGGGGGUCGUCACCACCACGGAUGCCCGCCGGGGCCGCUUCCCGUGGCGCCGACUCGUGAUGAUGAGGACGACGGCGGUGGCGGUGGUUCCUCUCGUGAUGCUGGUGGAGCCGCUGGUGGUGAACCCCAGCCGCUGAUCGCGAUCAAGGAGGAGGAGGACGACGGAGCGGCGGACGAGGGCCUCGUGCUCGGGGCCCCGAGUCGCGGGCCGCGCGGCGGCGUCUGGGCCACGGCGCCUUCCUCGGGCCGCGCUGACCCCGACCCCGACGCCAACUCGGAGCCCUUCCCCGCCAACAGGGACCGAGGGGACGCGGCUAAAUCCGGGCGCAGCGGCAGCGGCGGCGGCGGCGGCGGCGUGGGGGGCAAAGCGGCUCCGCGCGCCGCCGCCGCCGCGGCCGCCGCCACCGCCGAGAAGUGGAGGACUUUCAGCAUCGAGGGGAUCCUGUCGGGCUCGCGACCCCCGUUCGCCGCGGACCCCCCGCCCAGGGGGCCCGUGGCCACCGCGGGCUGCUGCGCGCUGUGCCGCUCCCUGUCCCUCGCGCCGCUGCCCCCCCCGCCGCUGCCGCCGCUGCCGCCGUGCGGCUUCCACGCGGCGGGGCCGGCCCUGCUGCCGGCCUGGCUGGCGCCCUACGGGGCCCCCUACGGACUCCGCGUCUCCCUGGCGGGCGGGGCCAUGUGCGCGCCGUGCGCCCUGCACCCCGCUUGAUGGGGGGACUCGUCAAGUGCGUUGACUGGGGACGCUCCCCGUCACAACCCCCGCGACGCGUCGGUGUGCCGAGGACGCACGGCGACUGCGAGGCGAGUGAUGGACGUGAGCCCCCCCGCCCCCCCUGGAACUAAAGCAGUAUCGCAGUAGUGGGAGUGUUGUUGUGAUGAAUUCUGUCUAUUCACAAGCCUCACCGAGUCUCAAGAGUCGGUUUCUAAGAGCGUCCUGCCAGCGACAUUUGGGAUGUUUGGCCAAGUCGGCGUUUUUUUUCACUGAGCAGAGCCGCGAACUCCAACCAGAGGCCGCCUGCUCCUGCGGCUGCGGCUCACGAAGACGACCCUCGCGACCCUCACGAGGGACGCGCAGGCAACGGUCUCGACGCGUGGCCGUCGUGAGGACGCAGACACGUGGCUCGUUCCGAGCGCGUUCCGCGGCGCGGAGUUGGGGCCACGGCGCUCGCCACCCCCCACCCCACAGCGCGCGACCCCGACUCGGGCACUCGGUGCGAGCGCACGGCACCCUGGGGGCACGCCGCACGGCACCCUGGGGUCCCCUGGGGGCAUCGAGCAGCCGCCACCACCACCCAGAAGUUCUAGCGAGCACUCAGCCUCGACACCGAGCAGCAGUACCGCCUCCUGGCAUCAUCCGAGUACCACAAACCACACGGCACCACCCGGCUAGCCUGCACCACGACCCAGCAGACACGCGCAUUAACCAUCAAUGACCCAGCAUCACCCAACACCACACCCGGCACCUACCGCGACCCCCCCUCCAUCUCCGUCACAGUAGACCCGAGUUGCGGAUAAAGCGGCGCAUCCCCCCCAGAUGUGCGGCGCGUGGUGGCGCCUCGUGAAUGCCGCGACACAAGAGGGCGAACUCCCCCCCCUCUCCCCCCUCGCUCCUCUCUCGAGCAACCGCGCUCGUAGUGGGCGCGUGGCGGGCUGCUCCCCGAUCGGCGAGGAGCCGGCCACUCGGUGCCCACGUGAUCGCAGACGCUGCUGCUGCUGCGAUCCGGUGAUGUGGGGACUCUCUUCUACUUCCCGCGGGCGUUGAGGAGGUCCCGUACCGCUGGCUCGCCAGGAGAAGGUGGUACAGCAGAGUGUGGACUAAUCGCCAUCUGUUUCCAUCUGUACGGGGAUAGAGUGUUGCCCUCUCGCAAGCGCGGGGCUUCUCCGGGCGAUCUCGGUUCCCCCCCCCACCCCCCACGUGUAUUAAACAAGGGGACCGCCUCGACAUUAAUAUCGCUCCCCCCCCCGCACCGAUUCGCGUUCACAGGGCGCACCCCGCGGUGGUGCUGGUGGCGACACACGACGCAACUGCUUAACACAAUGACCACGUGGUUGUUGUUGCCGUUUAUAAACUUUAUACAGAUUCUAUAUAUUAUAUAUAUGUGUGUGCGUGUAGAGAGACGAGGACAAGCAUAACGGGUUUCUCUCUCUCUCCCGAUGGAUGCGUUUUUUUUAUUCCGAUGCUAAACGUGCGGUCGGUCGGUCGGUCGGUGGAUCUGUUGUCAACUCCGCUCGCCGCGACGCGAGCGGCCACAGCGCCGCCGUGCCGCUGCCGGUCUGUACCGGGCAGCUGUAACCACCGCUUCAUCAAAGUUACGCAAUAAACAAAACGUUACCAACU